AUGGCCGACGGCGGCAAUAAUGGAGUUGUGAUUGAGGUGAAGCUCAGCAUCAACAGCUCCAAAUGUGGACUCUGCGGUAAGCUUUUCAGAACCAUGAAGGCCUUGUAUGGCCAUAUGAGGUCUCAUCCUGAUCGCACAUGGAGGGGAAUGCACCCCACCCCGAGCUCCUCGUCCUCCUCCGCCGCUGCCUCUACCCCGCUGCCGACCUGGUCAGUCACCGGCAGAAGAGGGCGGAAGAGGACUUCUUCUGCUGCAGCCUCGACUUCUAAUUCUAAUGAUGAGCAUGACUCGUCAUCGAAAAAAAAGGUGCACGUGUAUAGAUGUAAUGUCUGCGGCAAGGAAUUCUGGUCUCCACAGGCGCUGGGAGGCCAUAAGUCCAGCCACUACAAGCCUGAAAAGACCGACUUUGUGGUUCAAACGUCGUCGAGUGGUCGGAGGACGGUGGAUUUUGAUCUGAAUGAGCUGCCGCCGAUGGACGAUCACGGUGAAGCUGAUUGA